GGCAGCAGGGCACUGUACCAAAUACAAACUGUCAUCAAAUCAGCUUCUCAUCCUCUUUUUUUGUGUUGUUUCAGUUUCGCCACCAACCCUUCCUUCAUCACCAUACUUGUUUUCUUCUUCUUCUUCUUCUGCAACUCUGUCUUUUGAUCUUUCAGUUUAUCUAAACCCCUAAUUUAUAUUCUUGGGAUAGGUUUCUCCACCACAAAUGGUGAUGUCAAAGCGUAGCCAUAGGUUUUUCAAGUUUAGAAGUCUAGUUUCUUCCCGAAAUCUAACUCCCACUUACCAAAAUCUUCUCCGGUUUUAGAAUCUUUGUUCAUCCACUUAACUCAGGAUUCGACACCAUUUGCAUAAUCAAAAGCCUUUUCUUUCUUUCUUUCUUUCUUUUUUUAAUUCACUGUAUUGGCUGAUUCCAAAUAUUCUCUCUUUUCCCCCUCUCUAUCUAUCCGAACCAUUGUUUUUGGCUUUGGGUUCUUUUCUUUUUGCUCUAAAAAUCUUCUUCGACAGUAUUUCUAGACUUAUAUAUAUUAUUGAAUCUCGUGUUUCUCUCUCCAAAAGACUAAAUGGUUUCCAAGGACUACUACGACUUCUCACAUGCAGUUGUGGAAAUGGCUUGGAUUAUGCUUAGCGUCGAUUACUCAAGGCUCUUUUGGUUAUUAUUUGGUGUUUUCUCCUACGAAAAUCAUGAAGGAAAGCCUCGGAUCAUCUAGCACACCAUAAAUUUUCUUUGUUUUUUUCCACUCCCCGUUAAUUCUAUUUGCUGCCUUGUUCUUGAGUUAUUCUAUAGUAGCUAGAUAAAGUUUAGUAUUUGUGUUCUCAAUAUAUAUAUAUAGAUAUUAGUAUAAUCCCCCGAGAGGUUUCGACGGAACCUGAUUUCUCAGACCAUGUACCAAACACGUCUAGGGGGAUGUGUUGAUGGAGUUAAAUCCCAGCUUGGAUACGUUGAAACCGAUCCCUCUGGUCGGUACGGACGUUUCAGAGAGAUUCUUGGUAAAGGAGCUAUGAAGACAGUGUAUAGGGCAUUCGAUGAGGCCCUUGGAAUGGAGGUGGCCUGGAAUCAAGUGAAGCUUAACGAUGUCUUCCGUUCACCGGAGGAAUUGCAGCGUCUUUAUUCCGAGGUCCACCUUCUCAAGAAUCUUAAACACGAUUCCAUUAUUCGAUUCUACACAUCUUGGGUUGAUAUCAAUCGUAGAACUUUCAACUUCAUCACUGAGAUGUUCACAUCUGGCACACUUCGAGAGUAUAGACAGAAGUACCCACGCGUCGACAUGCGAGCGGUUAAGAGCUGGGCUCGCCAAAUUCUGCAGGGUCUAGCUUAUCUACAUGGUCAUGACCCUCCGGUGAUCCAUAGAGAUCUUAAGUGUGACAACAUCUUUGUCAAUGGCCACCUUGGACAGGUCAAGAUCGGCGAUCUUGGACUAGCUGCCAUCCUUCGUGGCUCACAACAAGCCCAUAGUGUCAUAGGGACCCCUGAAUUUAUGGCACCAGAACUAUAUGAAGAGGAUUACAAUGAGCUAGUGGAUAUAUACUCCUUUGGAAUGUGUGUAUUAGAGAUGCUUACCUCUGAAUACCCGUAUAGCGAGUGUUCCAAUCCUGCUCAAAUCUACAAGAAAGUGACUUCCGGAAAGUUGCCAGAGGCAUUCUAUAGGAUUCAAGAUGAGGAAGCCCGGAGGUUUAUCGGAAAGUGCCUGGAGAACGUUUCCAAGAGGUUGCCUGCUCACGAACUCUUGCUUGAUCCAUUUUUAGCCUCUAAUGAAGGCAAUCUGCUGUCUGUCCCUAGAGUCCUGAGCCAAAAGCUAACUCAAAACGGCCCAGUUGCAGAGCUAGCGCCUUCUUUGCAGGCUGAUCUGACAAGGAGUACUGAUAUGUCAAUAACUGGCACAAUGGAUCCUGAAGAUGACACAAUUUUUCUCAAAGUACAGAUUACAGACAAGGAAGGUCAAGCUCGGAAUAUCUAUUUUCCUUUUGACAUAGUGAAUGACACUGCAAUUGAUGUUGCCUUGGAGAUGGUAAAAGAACUGGAUAUCAAUGACUGGGAGCCAUUGGAGAUUGCUGAUAUGAUAGAAGAGGAAAUAUCUUCUCUUGUCCCAACUUGGAAAGACUGGGGCUCCUCUCAAGUCCACCAUCAGCACAGCUUUAAGUACAAAGAUGACGACGAAGAUAAUGCCCAAAAUGAAAUCUGCCACCCUUUCUAUGCCACCUUCUCCCAUUCUUCCUACGAAGCACAAUUUUCUCACGGGAAAAGUGUGACUUCUAAGUGCAAUUGGCCACAAGAUUUAUUCAGCAAUGAUGAUGCAAGUUCCAGUUGCUCUAUGAACUCCUUCCAGUACUCUACAAUGAAUUAUGAAGACUUUGAUUCGAGUCUAUAUCAAGGGGAGCACCCCUGCAUUCCAAAGGCUCUUAAAUCUACACGAUUUUGUCCAUCAGAGAGCAUGACUGCUCACAGCUACGAACAGUGCGAUGCACAACUUGAUUCAUGGAGGUCUUCUCACUUAAAUGGCCAUCAGAAGCUAACAAAGGUUCGUUCACUUGUGGACGUACGCAGCAAAUUGCUGCACCAAAUGGUAAUGGCAGAGAUAAACAAGAGGCGCUUAUUCAAGACCGUUGGAGCAGUGGAGAACAUUGGAUAUCAAGAGCUGGGAGAAGUUUCAGGCAAGAUAUCUUGAAUAUGUAGGAAACGGAAGGAUUUGAAGAUCAUGACGAAGAUUUCACGGGAGAUUUAGGUGGUAAAGGUCCCAUUAAUCUCUGUGUUAAUAUGCUUUUAGACUUUCAGUUGUGAUGGUGUACAAAAUCUGAGUCCUCAAUCUGGUAUAGUGUAAUAACUAACACAGGUUGCAGAUAUGUUGAAGACUAUGAACAAAGUAUUCCCUAAAACAUCACCACAUUUAUGGAUUGAGAAAACUUUAUUGUUGUUGUAGUAGGACUACUAUGCUUGUAUGUAUAUGAUGCGCCUGCAAUCUGCAUAUGAAUCUUUUACUGGAUACAUGAAAUAUACAGAUUGCUUUCAA